AGAAAAAGCACGUUUUCUUAUAUUUUUAGGAUUUCUAUCCCCCCACAAUAUUAUAGGUGAUAUUUCAGUCACAAACGUCUAUUUUACAUGGGAAUCCGAAUGACUGAUCAGGACCUUUAAACUCCUCCCAGUUGUUUCUUUUUUUACGGAAACGGGCGGGGUGGUGCACAGGUACGGUGAAAUCUCGAAGCUAGCUCUCGUCUGGCGGAGUUAUUACUUUUUCAGUAAACAAUUAUGGCGGCCGCGGAUCCCUGGUCCUCGAGUGACGGCGGGCCUGCAAGCAGAGGAGGGUUCCCGGAUGGUGAGAACAGCAACGAGCGCGAUGGCCCGGGAGGAAGCGGCGGAGAGACAGAACGCAAGCCAGAUCGGGCCACAUUCGAAUGCAACAUUUGUUUGGACACAGCAAGGGACGCUGUCAUCAGUUUGUGCGGGCACUUGUUCUGCUGGCCCUGCCUUCAUCAAUGGUUGGAGACGCGACCCAGCCAACAGCAGUGUCCUGUGUGUAAAGCAGGCAUCAGCAGAGAGAAAGUCAUCCCCCUCUACGGCAGAGGGAGCUCCAGCCAAGAGGACCCCAGGUUGAAAACCCCGCCUCGUCCUCCGGGACAGAGAACAGAGCCAGAGAGCAGAGGGCCCUUCCAGGGGUUCGGGGACAAUGGCUUCCACAUGUCCUUUGGGAUCGGUGCUUUCCCUUUCGGCUUCUUCACCACAGUCUUCAACACCAAUGACCCCUACCACAGAGCAGACGCAUAUGCAGCUGAUCACCAAGGCAACGGCAACAACUGGCAGGACUCUCUCUUCCUGUUCGUGGCCAUAUUCUUCUUCUUCUGGCUGCUGAGCGUGUAAGGGAGAGGGAGGGAAAGGAAAGGUGCUCACACUCAUACACACGUCAAAACACCAGAAAUGACCCACUUACUCAAUAGUGGCUGAGUGUCUGUGGGUUUAUGCUCUUCCUUUGUACUUGAUUGAUGGAUUAAGGUCACUAAUUAGGAAAUAACUCCCCACACCUGCUGUCUAGGUCUUUAUUUAAAGGAAAAAAACAAAAACCCGAAGACACCAGGCCCUCCAUGAAAUAUUUGACACCUCUGCUUUAGACUAUAGAUGGGGGGUGGUGGGAUGACUGGCAGUUCUCUUAGCAAGAGAUAUCUAGUUCAGGAAACACAAACCAGUCAAAGAUUUGUGUAUCCAAAUGAUUUACGAGACUCACUUGGAUAGGGAGAGUACACAGACACCACUCUGGUGGUGGAUGAUACCCAAGCGUGAGGGUGAGUAAAACGAAGAUACUAUCGCCCUCUUUCUGUGGAAUUUGUACAUAAAUGCACACACACACACAGGGAUGGGGGGGCUGGCUGACUUUUUUUUUAGGGAUGGGACUGGUGGAUAGUCAAAAUUAAAUGAUUGGAAGGAUUUAAUAGUAAAUUAGGGGAUGAUCUAAGUCAUUUUACUGCACCACAAAACCUAUGUAACAUGUGGUUAACGUAGAACUAUUUAGACAAAAUGGAAUUACUUGUUUUUGCCCCUUGAAGGAAUUUCAGGUUUAAUUCCCCAAAUAUUAGAGCUUGUUUGAGUUGUAAGGGAGGGUGAGAAUGGGAUUUACCUGAUAACAUCGAUGUUUUUCUUUAAUCACUAUAGCCACUUUUUCUCCAAGCCAAAGAGUAACGUAUCACUGUCAAGUACAAUUUGGGGAAAAUGUAUUUGGAUAUUCCUGUUUACAAUUUAACCGAUUGAAUAAUUUGUCCGUAGAUUUACGAACCAAAUUUAUGAAUAUUCUUUAGACUAGUGUACAGAUGGAUACACUAACAACUUUAUAUAUAAUCUUAACAAACUGCCAUUGCACUGUGAAGUCAUAUACAGAAGACAGACCUAAUAAUGUGGAUUAGAGCUACAGUGUAUUCAGACCCCUUCACCUUUUCCACAAUUUGUUAGCCUUGUUCUAAAAUAGAUUCAAUUAUUUUUCUCAAUCUACAGUCGUGGCCAAAAGUUGAGAAUGACACAAUUAUUAAUUUUCACUAAGUUUACUGCUUCAGUGUCUUUAGAUAUUUUUGUCAGAUGUUACUAUGGAAUACUGAAGUAUAAUUACAAGCAUUUCAUAAGUGUCAAAGGCUUUUAUUAACAAUUAUAUGAAGUUGAUG